AUGGCAAAACCUGAGUUAUCAAUGGUUUGUACUGAUGAGGAUGUGCUCUUCCCGGACUACAUUUUUGAUGGUUUCGCUGGUAAAGGCGCGUUUAGUGUAGUGAAGAAAGCAAUGGACACCAGGACUGGAUGUUUAGUAGCUGUUAAGAUGAUCAGUCUGAAAAUACUUCAGGGGAACAAAACAGCAGAAGAUCAAGUGGAAAGAGAGAUAACAAUUAUGAGGAAGUUGAUGAAUCCUUAUGUCAUUCAACUGUAUGAUGUUGUAUACACACCAUCUCAUGUAUGUCUCAUUAUGGAGUAUGCAUCAAAGGGAGAUUUCUUUGAUUAUGUUGCUUCAAGGAAGAGCCUAGAAGAGGCUGAAGCACGGCCAUUUUUUCGCCAGUUGAUUGCAGGAUUAGAGUAUUGCCAUGGAAAGAUGGUUGCACAUCGUGAUCUGAAACUCGAAAACCUGCUUUUAGACGAAAAUCUCAAUCUGAAGAUAACAGAUUUUGGUCUGAGUGCAUUCAUGAAUGACAGUAAUAUGCUGAAUGAAAGUUGUGGAAGCCCACAUUAUGCUGCUCCAGAGGUUUUGUCAGGAGAACAGUAUAAUGGACCUCAGGUGGAUGUAUGGAGCUGUGGUGUGAUUUUGUUUGCUAUUCUUUGUGGUUAUUAUCCAUUUGAAGAUAAUGAUCCUGUUUUCCUUUACACAAAAAUUAAGAGUGGAAUUUAUGAAUCUCCUGAGCACCUGUCAUUUGAUGCUUAUGAGUUGAUUAAGGGAAUGCUUAAUGUUAAUCCUGAGAAGCGAUUUACUAUCUCAAUGAUUUGGAAGCAUCCAUGGCUUCAAGCUUAG